UUUGUGAAUUAAACUUAAUUUGUACCAUACAACCGUUUUCAGCAUACAGUCCACACAGCUGAAUUCACGCAUGAAGCAAAUGCAACCCCGUCAAAAAUAAUGCGGUUGCGCAUAUGGCAAAGUCGCUCUCGUUCUAUUCUCACAGUGACAGUUUGCUUGUCAUGUGCACCGGUUGAUUUGAUUGAUUUAAAAACGUGUGGUUCAUGGCGUGCUAAGUAAAAAACAGCGUGAUAAUCGUGUAGCAAUAAGCUGAGAACACUUUAAAAUCACUACUGAUAACGAUCGCUACAAUUAAAUUGUGUAAAUAAAAAAAUAAAUUAUUCCAAUCUAUUAAUUUUCAAAUUCACCGACACACAUCUAGUUGAUUUUGGGCGAAGUUUGGUCGAAAAAAUAAUUUCAGUAAAAGUGUGCCGAAAAUAGCGGAGCGUAAUAUAUAAAUUGUAUACAUAGGUGUGAGAAUAAAUAGAAAGUAUAAAGCAACAACAAAGUAUAUAAUUAUCAAAUUGUGAAAUUUCGCAACGUUGCUUCAAAAAAUUAGCCGAACUUUUAUUAUCAGCCAGGAUCUACGGCAAAAGAAAAAAAAAUUGUGAUAAAUCAAAAGAUUUGGCAUUGUGAAAUAAAAGUGUUUGUAAAUACAAUUUUUAAUGUCUGAGUUAUGAAAUAGCAAAGUGUUUUGAUAAAUUUUAUAUCACAGUGAUCGGAGGAGACGUAAGACUGUUUGCUGCAAUCUACACAUAUUUUAUUUCAUAGUUUUUUGUUGUUGUUGUAGCAAUAUGGACCUGUUGUGCACUGAAAAUUUAAGGAAUGAUUAUGACUGUGACGUAUCGUAUGUGCCAACGCAAAUGCGAGCACAUACUUAUUCCGAAUCACAGCUACCGCAACCACCGCCACCAACAACAGAAAACACAACAAUGUCAGAAACCAAACAGCCAACAAAGGAAUGUGUAUUAAAGGAGCCACAAACAAUGCCAGGAGCACCUUCGCCUUAUUCCAGUUCCAGCUCGUCUUUGUUAUCACCGGGUUCAAGCUCCCCAUCGUCCGGUUACAAUUCGGCUACAAGCAACAGCUCGCAUGCAAACCAACCGCAAAUGCUUCAUAAUCGACAGUAUCAUCGAGAAGAAGAUACGCAAAAGCGCCAUCAUUAUGAACAACAGCAAGAGACAAAGCAACAUGAAUAUUACGAUGAUCAACAUAGCAAUAAUUCUGUAUUUCUGAAGUCGGUGCCAAGUCGUGAUUUAGGUUUCGUAAAUAACGCUACCGUGGAUCCGAUAUUUUUAACCGAUCGCUGCUUGGAGAAUGCCCUAAAAGCAGAGGAAAAGCUACCACAACCGGUUUGCACAUAUUUUAAAACAGUGCAGAAAGACAUCACACCGCCUAUGCGCAAAAUAGUUGCAGAAUGGAUGAUGGAGGUCUGCGCCGAAGAAAAGUCCCAAGAGGAGGUUGUACUCCUAGCGCUCAACUACAUGGAUCGCUUCCUAUCCACGAAAUCCGUAACAAAGACACAUUUGCAAAUAUUGGCGGCCGCCUGCCUGUUAUUGGCUUCGAAAUUGCGCGAGCCCAGUUGUCGGGCGUUAUCUGCCGAACUGCUGGUAUUCUACACCGACAACAGCAUAUACAAAGGCGAUUUAAUUAAAUGGGAACUAUACGUGCUCAGUCGACUCGGCUGGGAUUUGUCAUCCGUUACGCCUUUGGAUUUCCUUGAGUUGUUAUUAAUCCGCCUGCCUAUCAAGAGUAAAGAAUGUCCUGAUCUGAGUCUCGAUAAAGUAAGGCAACAUGCACAGGCCUUCAUAUGCUUAGCAGCCAAAGAACAUUAUUUCUCUAUCUAUUCGGCCAGUACCAUUGCCGCUGCGAGUAUCGCCGCCGCGCUAAGUGGUUUAAAUUGGCAUUUACGCUCCGGACAAAAGUUGCGUCAUCUAUUGGAUUUAUUAACCGAUUUGACCAGCAUUGAACAGGAAUACCUGCACGAGUGCAUGCAAAAAAUGGAAGUUAUCUUUGAGGAACACAGUCGGAAUUUGCCGUCGUAUAUAAGCUCGCCGGAGCCGUAUCACCACCAGCAGCAACAUCUGCCAGCGGAGCAGCCGCACCAGCAGCAGCAACAUCAUCAUCAAAAUCAACAAAAACAGCAACAACAUGUGCAUACAAUGAAAGAGGACAAACGAAAUUAGAAGCGCAACCCGCAUUCGCCGCGUAAUGCCACGCGACUAAAAAAAGUAAAACUAACUGUGAAACCAAGCAAUUUGAAUGUUGAAAAUAAGUUUUUUUUUUUUGAAUUUCACUUUAUCUCAGGAAUAUCUUUGGAACUCCGUAUACUAUUUAAAAGCAUUACUUUCCCUUGCAAAGUAAAUGCUCACAUACAUAUGUAAGUAUGUAUGUUUACAGAAUUCCAAAUUUUGUGCGUAAAAUGUGUGCUGAAAAUAGAUUAGCUAGAAAUUUGUUAUUUAACUACAUACGAGUUGGUUUCGUGUGUUGCCUACCUUUAGGCGCAUUAGCAUGCUAGCUAGUAUCACUAAAAUACUAUUGUAAACAUUAAUUGUUCACUAAGAAUUAUGAAAGCAGUCAGUUGCAGUUUAUAUACACACAUACAUACAUGUAUGUAUGUUUUUUAUUUUUUCUAUUUGCAGAAAAGAAAUAACAUGUAAAAUAUUACCUAUUUUUAUUAAUACAACUAUACAUUAUAUGCAUAUACUGCCAACUUACCUAAAAAAAGCACACACCCCACACACACACACACAUACACAUCCAUAAAGAAAAAUCAAACUCUUGUCAGUUUAUUUACCUACAUUGAUACUUAGUUUUAUAAGUAAGUAAGUAAGUAAGUUAACCAAAUUUUUCAUAUGGAUUUGAAUGAAUGAUAUUUAGCAUGUAAGCGGAAAUGUACUAAAUGAAUUAGUAUUGCGAAUGAACACAUACACACACAAUAGGGUUAAAAUACAUUGGUAUUUUUCAGCAGAAAAUGAAUUGCAAUUUUGGGUUAUUUUUUUAUGUUUUUGUUUUAAAAAAGACUUCAAGUACAAAUAAAUAGUUAUACACAUAUCGCUAUAGAACCAGUAGUUUCUCUUAAAAUCACCAAUUGACAAGCUCUCGGGUCGAAUCAAGCAGUUUGACUCGCCGAAAUUGUUGUUGCACAAACCGAAAUAGGCAAUAUUGAAAUGCAUAUGUGUUCAAAGCUGAAAUUUGGCAGAAAGUUUCAUCAACUGUUAUUAUUAGUUAGUUAGUUUUACAUUUAUUACAGAUAUAUACAUAUCUACAUAUACAUAUAGAGUAGCUAUAAGCCAGCUAAGAAAGUUGUUAGUUUUUGCUUUGUACUAAACUUAACUUUUUAAAUUCUUUUAAAAUUAUUUUGUUUAAGCCACUUGAAUUUGUAAAAAGUAAACAACGCACCAGCGUAAGGAAACGAAAAUAAUAGACUGAUUAAACACACACAAAUUAAUAAUGGAGCAAUAAAAACUUGUAAAUAGUUACAUGCAUGCACAUACAUACACACACACAGCAGAUGAAAAAAACUGUAAAUUAUAAAUAUUUAUUCUUUAGAAAUGCGGGUUUAUACAAGGCUUUAGUUAUACAUAGAUAUAUACUACUUAUAUACCUAUAUACAUACCCUUACAAAAUUAAGGUUAGAAGUUGACGCAGAUUAAGGGAAAUACCAUACGUUCGAUGAAAAUCUCUCCUUAAAACAUUUGUUUUUUUUUGACUACACUUUGGCUGAAGGCAGAAGAAAUUGCACUCCUAUUAAGUUAUAUAAUUUUUUUCAAGCGAAUUAUAUAUUGUGACGAGUUUUCUAGUAAAAGUUGCCUCACUGCAUGCCCCUAAUACUCUGCACUAGUACUCUGGUUUCUAAGUUUAGUGCCAUUUAGUUCCUGAAGAAACUUGGCCUUUAGAUAUAUUACAACUUUUUGCUCAAAAUCUUUUUGUAUCUUAGAAAUUAGACGAGUUGCCCAAAGCAUAGCUGAACUGUAGAAAUAUCCCACUCUUUGCUCAAAAUUUAAUUGUACUUUAGAAAUAUUGCGAUUUUGUGUUUAAAAUAUUAAUCGAAUUCACAAAUAUGGCAAACACUUGCUCAGAAUCGAAAUUGAGUUUAGAAAUAUGAAAACUCUUAACUCAAAAUUGGACUUAACUCUAAAAGUAUAGCAACUUUUUGAAAAAAUUACAUUUUUCUUUAGAAAAAUGGGAACCCUUUGCUUAAAAUUUUAUUAAUAUUGUUUUAGAAAUAUUUUAUGCUGUCUUAGAGAUAUGAAAACUUCGAAAUCGAAUAAAACUUUAGAAAUAUAGCAACCAUAAGCUCAAAAUGUAGUUGAUUGCUGUUGUUUGAUCAAAAACGAAUUGUACUUUAGAAAUAUUGUAACUCUUCGCGAAAAAAUUAAUUAAAAUUUAAAAAUAUGGCAAUUCUUUGCACACAAUUUGGCAGUUAUAUAAAAAAAAGAAAUUUUAAAGCCGUAUGCUAGUUAAUCAAAGGAACAUUUAUAUCAGUUCUGUUGAAAGUCUUACCUCGAAAAUUUCGUCUAUUUUGUAUGUCUGCAUACUUUAAAUUUUCCUUCUCAAGCCAAAGUAGUUAAGUUUCUAAUUGUUCUCUGAAAAAUACUUAUGUGUAGUAUUACCACUAAGCACCUUUGUAUGCAUUUUACUUGUAUACUCAUUUAUAAAAAUAUUUCAAAACCGAAAGAGAACGCACAGGAAGUUUUUUAUGCCCGUAUAUCCCCCUACCCCCACUAAUCGCACACUUCUUGUUCGCGUAACUUCCGACUUAAUUUACGUAAUAAAUUUGUUAGAAUUUUUUGCUAUACAAAUACAUAUACAUACAUACAUAUGUAGGUUUUUUUAACUUAGGGUAAAGUAUGGAACUUAUCCUCGCUGGAAAAUGAAAGGAAGCGUUUAGUAAUGAAUUCUCAAUUAAUUGCACUAGUUUUACAUAAUUAUUUUAAUUUUAUAAUUUUUUUUUUUGUUUUUGAACUGAAUUUAAUUUUCUAUGUGACUUUAUAGCCGCAAUUAAAGGGUUAACUUGGUUUCUUGUCUUGCAAAGAUAUUGUGAUUGUGAUUUCACUAACUUACACACGUAUGUAUAUAUGUGUACCUACAUACAUACACGCAUAUAUGUAUGCGUUAUAUAUAUUUGUAAGUGUGGUGAGUUUUAAUAUUUCUCGAUUUAGUAGGGUCAUUGGGUGUUAAAAGUCUUAUACCUAAAGUACAUAAAAUACAUUGUAGUAGAUAUGUAUCAGCGUAUAUGGAUUUAUGCACAGCUACAUUCAGUGAAGGGGGAAAAUAUGCUUUUAGUUACGCUUUUUUACAUAACAUUAAAUAAACAGUACGAAAAAAAACAACAACAAAACGAAAUCAUUAAACCAAUCAGACAUACCUGCACAUAUACAUAUACACAUAGACGAAAGUAUGUAUUUGCAACUCACAAACAAUAAAUACAUAAUAGCAGUGACCGGGUAUAAUUAUGCGUGAAUUUGCGAAAAAGCAUAAAUCUGUUAUAUAAGCAUAUAUAAAUGUAUAACAUAGACGGUAGAUUGGUGGACAGUGGGCUUUGAAAUGAAUAUUUUGUGGCUGAAAUUUGUUGUAGCAAUUAGCAAGAGAGAAAUCUCGCAAAUAUUAAAUAGAACUUUAAUAUUUUUUAAUUAACUAACGCCUAAGCGCACAUUCAAAAUCGAAACCACUGGUGUAAAUAUUUUUAAGUUGUAAAAAAAUAUUCAAAAAUAGUUUAAAAAAAUUAUUAUAUUAAUUAUUUUCGUGUAAUGUUUAGUUGAUAACCUCAAACUACGUUUAUUUUUAUGUAAUUAAGCAGUUGUAAUUGUAAUUGUAAAUCUUUUUAAUUGUUUGUAGUACUUGCAUUAGUGGUAUUUACCGUUAUAUAAGUAGGUAAUGUCUAACUAACAUAAAAUUUGUAUUUUUCGAGUUACUAAGAAUUCCGAAACUUCUUUAAUUAUUUGUUAAUUGAUUAAAAUGCAUUUAUUCAUUGUUAAGCGGUAAUAUUUUAUUGUUAAAUUACAAUAAAAUAUAUAAAAAUUAUAAUGCAAAUAGCAACUGUUGAAAAUUGUAAAUAAAAUUAACAAAACUUUGAAAAAUAAUUUUACGGCAUACUUAUACAUACCUACGAGCACACUUAGCUUACUAAUGUUGUUGUUGUUGUAGCGACAGAAUCCUGCCUUACACUUAGCUUACUAAAAUUUUAUGAUGGUUGAACUUUAUUGUUAAAUUUAACGGUAUAGCAACUGUUGAUUUUAAAAAAAAUUAAAAAAAGAUAUUUUGUUAUUUUAUAGAGACACACACACACACCUAUGUCAUUUUAUAAACCCCUCCUUUAAGCAUGAUACUAUCAAAGUGUGCCCUUAUGACCUCUAGCUAAAGUGUAUAAACAGUUCUUCUCUUCUAACCACCCCACCCCUAACCCUGUUAGUCGUAGUUAAGUACCAUAAUAAAUAAAUGUAAUUAAAAUUAAUAUUGUAUCUUAGCAUUAAACUGCGUUAAUUUAAUAAUUUAGUUAUUAUAUUUACUAUAUUUUAGUUUAAUAAAUGUAUAUGUUAAACACUUAAUCGUUAUUUGCUUAUAUUUACUUUUAGUUCGUAAAUCACUAACCAAUUACCUUAAUAUACAAUACAUAUACUAUAUAUCAUGUAGUUUGGUGUAUAAUAUGCAUAUGUUGUUGCAAAAUUGGUAGUUGUCUCCUAUAGUACGAAAUAGCUCGUGAUUUUUCGCAUAUGAAGGCAAAACAGUCGUGAAAUGGAAAAAUUAUAGUUUUUUGCAUAAAAUAACGGUACAUGAAAACUGUUUAGAAUACAAGCAGCAACAAAAAAAAAAUUAACAGCUGAAAAAAUAACAACAACAAAUAUUGUUUUGGCUAAAUUUUGCAAAAUGAAAAUCCUGCAUACUGCAAAUGAAAGCAAAAAUAUUUAACAACAACUACAUACAUAUAUCUACAUAAAAGGGUUAAUAGUAUACGCGUAUGUUUGUAGCAGUCAUAACCGAUAUUUGUGUUUUGUUUCUCAAGUUAUGCGUACUGUGACAUAAUGCAUAUACUUAUAUUAAUAUUAAUUAAUGUAUGUAUGUAUAUUGAAUUUGUGUAUUUGUAAUUCUUUUAAGUCAGACAUUUAUAACUGUCAUACCUAUGUGAAUGUAUAUGUUUAAGCUAACUAUCUACAAGUAUAUAUCCUUAACUCGUGUAUUUCUCGCAAUGUCGUUAUUAUCAACAUACUUACUACUUGACAUUAUAAAGAAAAGAAAGAAGAAAACAAAAAACAAAACAGAAACAGAAAAAUUAAAACGCGCAAAAAAAUUGUCUCUUUCGUGCAUUUGUUUGUGCAUACAUACCGUUAUGAGCAAGUGUGCAAGUGAUGGAUAAAAAAUAGUGCAUAAACAGUGAAUAUUUCCAUUAACAGUUAAUAAAACAACAAAAUGAAAAUAAAAAAAUAAAAAAAUAAAUAAAACGCAAAAAACGGA